AUUUUUAUUUUUUCACGGCGAUAUUUGUGGCCAGCCACAGGCCGUGUGUCAGGUCCUCUGGCUCCGGUGUCAUUGGUGAGUGACCGAACAUGUCCCACACCAGGUUGUUUGCCAGGCUGCUUCUGCAGCAGAGAGGAGUGAGGCACUGUUAUACGGGAUCAAGGAAAAACCUCUACAUCAAUAAGGACACUAAAGUCAUCUGUCAAGGGUUCACAGGGAAGCAGGGAACAUUUCAUAGUCAGCAGGCUCUUGACUAUGGCACCCGGUUAGUGGGGGGUGUCUCCCCAGGAAAGGGAGGGAAGGAGCACCUCGGCCUGCCAGUCUUCAACUCAGUCAAAGAUGCAAGAGAGGGCACGGGGGCAGAUGCCACAGUGAUCUAUGUGCCCCCACCGUUCGCGGCGGCGGCCAUCAUUGAGGCCAUUGAUGCAGAGAUGCCGCUGGUGGUGUGCAUCACUGAGGGCAUCCCCCAGCAGGACAUGGUGCGAGUCAAACACAAGCUGCUGCGCCAAGGCACCACACGCCUCAUAGGCCCCAACUGCCCCGGAGUCAUCAAUCCUGGAGAAUGCAAGAUCGGGAUUAUGCCUGGCCACAUUCACAAGAAAGGAAGGAUUGGUAUUGUGUCACGGUCGGGCACGUUGACAUAUGAAGCCGUGCACCAAACCACACAAGUGGGUCUGGGCCAGUCACUCUGCGUGGGGAUUGGUGGGGACCCUUUCAAUGGCACAAACUUCAUAGACUGUCUGGAAGUGUUCCUGCAGGACUCAAAGACAGAAGGCAUCAUUCUGAUCGGUGAGAUCGGAGGCAACGCAGAGGAGAACGCAGCGGAGUAUCUCAAAGAACAUAACUCGGGUGUUAAUGCCAAGCCGGUGGUAUCCUUCAUCGCGGGGCUGACCGCUCCUCCCGGUCGCCGAAUGGGCCACGCUGGCGCCAUCAUUGCUGGAGGAAAGGGUGGAGCCAAAGAGAAGAUCGCAGCGCUGCAGUCUGCUGGAGUAGUAGUCAGCAUGUCCCCUGCUCAACUGGGCAGCACUAUGUACAAGGAGUUCGAGAAGAGGAAGCUGUUGAGCUAAACUACACAUGACAAUGCCCCCUCACCUUUAACCCCUAACCCGAAAUGGAGACGAGCAGCUCGACUCUGGAGGCGGAAUAGUCAUACAGUGUGUACAACUCCUCAAAUAUACUUCAACGCACAUUUGCAAUGUUUAUAUUGUAAUUUCAGCCAUGAUCUUGUACCUUGCACAGAGAGAAUGAAUAAAAAUGGUGUCUUAAUAGUAUGCCACACUGCUCCCUGUUCAGUGUUCACAAGUUGUUUUUUUUCUCCAUAUGGCAGUUUAGGGGAAGGUGCAAUGGUAACCUAGGUGAUCACUUUCAUUUAUUGUGCUCUUGCUGUAAGAUGUAUUCCACCGCUCAUUUCACUGACUGUCCACCUGAAAAAGAAAAAUCUCUCCCC